CUCUUACCACUGCGAAAAUUUUUUUAUCGAUAUAUUUCGAUAGACGGCCCGGCAACCAAAACUGAAUUUUUACGAUUGUUAUUAGAAUUAAACAGUAUUAGUAAAAGAAAAAUGUUGGAUUUUUUUAAUGUAUGCAUGCCGGAAGUGAAGAGGGAACUGAGACGCGGCAUAAUCGAAUGCUCCAAACGUGGCCUGCUUCAUACAACAAAAUGGCUAGCUGAGAUGCAUCAUGGAUUGAGCGAAGUGAACAUCGAUGGUGCAACCAACGAAGCGGCGGCGGCACCAACUGCAGCAGAUCAAUCCUUUAGCGAAUCUCAAUUGGAGGGCAUUGCUCCGUCGGAAUACAGUGAAUACUUUCUGGCAAAGAGCUAUUACGAUGUAAGGGAAUAUGAGAGAGCGGCCCAUGCGGUUAGGAAUUGUGAAUCCAGCGUUCCGAGAUUUCUGCAUCUCUAUUCCACGUACAUGGCCAAGGAGAAGCGGCGCCUGGACUCUACGACAGAUCAAGCCAAUUUAAACGAGCCCAAUCAAAUGAAAGAUUUGACAGAUCUUUUAGCGAUUCUAAAAUCUGAAUAUGGUCGAAGUCGCUUGGAUGGCUAUGGUAUUUAUCUGUAUGGCGUUGUUCUAAAAGCCUUGAAUCUCAACAAAUCAGCUGAGGAAAUGUUAAUAGCCUCCAUAAGAUUAUGUCCCAUGUUGUGGAGUUCAUAUCUUGAGCUGUCACCCCUCAUAAUGGAGAAGAAAAAGCUAUUGAGUCUUCAAUUGGGUAACCAUUGGAUGACCCAUUUCUUUCAGGCUCACACCUACUUGGAAUUAUAUUUAAAUGAUGAUGGCCUAAAGAUCUAUGAGGAACUGCAGUCAGCUGGCUUUAACAAAAGCAUAUAUCUCACGGCUCAAAUGGCCCUGGUCUAUCACAACAAACGCGAUGUGGAUAAGGCAAUUGAAUUGUAUCAAGCUCUGUUGGAGAGUGAUCCAUAUCGAUUGGACAAUGUCGAUACCUAUUCGAAUUUAUUGUUUGUCAAGGAAAUGAAAACUGAAAUGGCCCAAUUGGCCCACAAGGCUGUAAGCAUCAAUAAAUAUCGACCGGAGACGUGUUGUGUUAUAGGUAACUACUACAGCAUACGAUGUGAUCAUCAGGUGGCCAUAUCCUACUUCCAAAGAGCUUUAAAAUUAAAUCCCAAAUAUUUAGCCGCGUGGACUCUAAUGGGUCAUGAGUUUAUGGAGCUUAAGAAUACAAAUGCCGCCAUACAAAGCUAUCGCAAAGCCGUCGAAGUGAAUAAACGUGAUUAUCGAGCCUGGUAUGGUCUGGGUCAGGCAUAUGAAAUCAUUAAAAUGCAUUAUUAUAGUUUAUAUUAUUUCAAAAUUGCCCAUCAAUUGCGACCCUAUGACUCUCGAAUGUUGGUGGCUUUGGGUGAAACUUAUGAGAAAUUGGAUAAAUGUGAGAAUGCCGUUAAAUGCUAUUGGAAGGCCAUCGAUGUGGGUGAUAUUGAGGGUAUAGCAAUGUAUAAGUUGGCCAGUUUGCAUGAAAGAUUGGGUGAUCAUGAGACAGCAGUGCAUUGUUACAUUAUGUAUUGUGAGGAUGAACGUGCCGUAACGGAUAAACAAUGUCUCUAUCAGGGAUUUAUAACCUUGGCCAACUAUUAUGAGAAGAAGGGUGAAUACGAGAGGGCGGCAUAUUAUGCAUAUAAAUGUUUGGAUUCCGAAGAUCGCAAAACUGAAGCAAAAGCUUUACUUAAGGUUAUAGAUUGGAAACGUAAUGCGGAAAAGAAAUCAAAGAGUACUUUAACUGUGGUGGCGAAUGCCGAAACAAGUUCAGAAUCUUCGGACAUGGAAUGGGAGAUGCCUGAUGUUAAGCCUCGUGUGCCGCUUACUUCAAUUGCAUCGACUGCAUUAACGUCUGCUACAACAGCCACAACAGUAACAACAACAACGGCGGCAGCGGCUUCAGCAUCUGCAACUAAUCCGACGACAUCCUUAUCAACUUCAAGUAGUUCACGUAGUCAAUCAUCACGCUCUGUGGCCGAAGGUGUACGCCGAUCGGGUACACGACCUUUGGCAAGUAGUUCAAUAAGUAUAAUUGCGUCCACAUCGGCUACUGGAACACCAACAGCAUCAUCAACGAUCACAACAACUGCAGCCGCUGCCUCCUCCACCACAACAUCAGCAUUGGAGGAGACAAUGAAUGCAUCAAAUGCUGCAAAUAAUCAGCAAACCGAUGAAGAUGAUAUGGAAAUAUUAAGUGUAUUUAUAGACUAAGCUCAUACAAACCAAUUUUAGGUUCCUUAAAAAACCAAAAAAAAAAAAAAUGAAGUUAUACAAAUAUUUUGUUAUGCUCUUAAAUUUAAAUGUAAAUUAAAAAUUUCUACAAAAAAAAUUCAGUUAUGGAAAGAUGUUGAUUUAAAUAAUCCAAUUUUAGGGAUAUAAAAUAAAUGCUGUAGUUUUUACAUUUAAAAAA